UUCUCCUUGCCCAGCUACGAUGCCGCUCGAUCGAAUGAAGGUGGUUUUGGAGUAGGAUCGGAAGCUCGAUUGGGUCAAAAUCCUGCCGAUUUCGAAAAGUCCAAGCAAGACGAGGCCAUGAGAAAGGCAGAGGAGGCAAGGUUGGCCCGCAAGGAGGCUUUGAAACAAGAACGAAUCCAACGCAAUGAAGAUCAAAUCCGAGCUGCCGAAGCCAAGAAGCAGCGAGAUGCACAGAAACUGGCCGACUUUUUUGGAGGACAAUAG